CGGUCGCGUGUCACGUGUCGCCGCGAGCCCCGUGAGGGCGGCUGGGGCGGCUCCGCCAUAACGGCUGCGGGCGGGGGGGGCGGCGGCCAUGGACUGGAAGCGGAGUCUGCGGGGCCGGCUGGCCGCGCGCCCCGCCCCCAAAAAGAGCGAACAAGAGCUAAAAGAUGAAGAAAUGGAAUUGUUCACAAAAUAUUACAUGGAAUGGAAAGGAGGAAGAAAAAGUGGCAAUACGUCAUAUACGAACAUACCACGAUUUUACUACAGGCUGCCAGCUGAAGAUGAAGUCUUGCUUCAGAAAUUAAGAGAAGAAUCUAGAGCAGUCUUUCUGCAAAGAAAGAGUAGAGAGCUGUUGGAUAAUGAAGAGCUACAGAAUCUCUGGUUUCUACUGGACAAACAUCAGACAUCACCAGUGACUGGGGAAGAAGCAAUGAUCAACUAUGAGAACUUCUUGAAAGUUGGUGAAAAAGCUGGACCUAAGUGCAAGCAGUUCUUCACAGCCAAAAUCUUUGCUAAGUUACUCCAUAAUGAUCCUUAUGGGAGGAUAUCUAUCAUGCAGUUUUUCAAUUAUGUCAUGCGAAAAGUAUGGCUUCAUCAGACAAGAAUAGGUCUCAGCUUAUAUGACGUGGCAGGACAGGGCUACCUCAGAGAAUCAGAUUUGGAAAACUAUAUUUUGGAACUCAUCCCUACUUUGCCACAACUGGAUGGUUUAGAAAAAUCCUUUUACUCCUUCUAUGUCUGCACAGCAGUCAGAAAGUUCUUCUUCUUUCUGGAUCCUCUCAGAACAGGGAAGAUAAAAAUACAGGAUAUUUUAGCUUGCAGCUUCCUGGAUGACUUACUGGAGUUAAGGGAUGAAGAACUUUCUAAAGAAAGUCAGGAAACAAAUUGGUUUUCUGCUCCUUCUGCAUUAAGAGUUUAUGGCCAGUACUUAAACCUUGAUAAAGAUCACAAUGGCAUGCUCAGCAAAGAAGAACUGUCCCGGUAUGGAACGGGGACUCUGACCAACAUAUUUCUGGACCGGGUGUUUCAGGAAUGCCUAACUUAUGAUGGUGAAAUGGACUAUAAAACCUACCUGGACUUUGUGCUUGCAUUAGAAAACAGAAAGGAGCCUGCAGCUCUGCAAUAUAUUUUCAAACUGCUUGAUAUAGAGAACAAAGGAUACCUGAAUGUCUUUUCCCUUAAUUAUUUCUUUAGGGCUAUUCAGGAACAAAUGAAAAUCCAUGGACAAGAACCAGUUUCUUUUCAGGAUGUCAAGGAUGAAAUCUUUGAUAUGGUAAAGCCUAAGGAUCCUUACAAAAUCUCCCUUCAAGACUUAAUCAAUAGCAGUCAAGGAGACACUGUUACCAGCAUUCUGAUUGAUCUGAAUGGGUUCUGGACAUAUGAGAACAGAGAGGUCCUUGUGGCAAGUGAUAAUGACAGCGCUGCUGAUGUUGAUGAUACGUGACAUUGAACAGGAGCAGACUGUAUCCACAGAGAUAUCUCAAUCUGAUGCACCACCCAUUGGAAGCUGGAAAUGUUCAUUAUCUGAAACGAUACCUCUUCACUUCUACUGCCCUCCCCUCCUGCUGCCCCCAUAUAAUAUUAAACCUGGUGCAUACAGAAAUUGUGGAACUAAUUUCUGUAACAAAAAAGCAAAUGUUUUUUAAGGGGUAAAAAUUAUCUUUCUUUAUUAUUAUUAAAAUAAAUAUUUUUGGACAUUUUCCCUAUGUACCAAGCCCUGUUCUUAUUUGAAUACCCUAUUUUAGAAUGUGAAUUUGUCCUGAAAGUAAGGAGAUGGUUCUUGGUAUCUGAUUCAACAAUGGCCUGUAUCUGCUUAGCCAUCCCAAGCCUCCCACUGCAUUCUGUAUGGCUUCCUCUAAUGGAAACACUGUUGAGCAUUCUGUUGUAAAGGCAAAAGUCUUCAGUAAAAAGUAAAGAGCUUGGGACUUUCUUCUCUGUGGGUCCAGCUGCAAGUGUCUUAACAGAAAAGAUAAGUACAUAACUACUGAACUGACUGAGCAGUUACUUACAACUUAAGAGGUUCAUUAACAGAAAUAAAAUUGCACUAGCUUUAGGUGUAGUUAAAACUAAUCCAAACACUAGGUUUUCUCCAACUUAACCUCCUGUGCAAGCGUUUUAUGUAAUUUACUUAAUUAUACAGCUUUGCUAUAGCAGUAGUUAAAGCAGUAGAACUUUCUCGCUCUUUAACAAAGCUGUGGAAAUGCUUUAACUUUUAGAUAAAAUUACUUCUGCUCCAGGCCAGAGGUGGCUGCAAUCCUGCACUAUUUCUUAUCUUGAGGUGGUGGUUAACACACUGAGUAUGUUAACGAGUUCUACAUGAGUUUCUAAGGAGGGGUGGGGGUAAUAUGAUGUCUUGAAUUUCAGUGCUUGAAUAUUCCACCGGGAUGUGUGACUCAAUAGAAAAUAUGAACCAGCACUCCUGUGUGCAGGCAGUUUCAAAGACCACACCCUUUUAAAGGAAAAGCCACAGCCAACUUCCAGUUCAAAAAUUAUAUUAAUAUAAAAUAAUUAAUGCAUUUACAGAAAAAUUAAAACAUUAUGAAAGUAAACCGCUUUCAUACAGCCUGCAAAAAACUGAAGGAAGGAUUAAGUUAAGGCACAGUGAGUAAUACAGUAUUUUGUACAAAGAAGUUUAAACUCAAGGCAGUGAGACAGUUUCUUAAUGCAAAUGCAACAGAAGGUCGGGAGGGGAAGAAAAGCCAACCAAGAGAAGCAAAGCAUCCUUCAGCUGCAAAUGUUUUGCUCUUGACCUAUGUGAAGAUUUCUGUCUCUGACAGUAUAAGAACUCCCAGCAAGCUGUUCCCAGGUACUGAACCAAGCUGUCCCUUGCAGAUGUUCAGGGCUGAGGAAAGAUCUAACACAGCUGUCUCAGAAUUCAAAAACAGACAAAGAACAGAUGAACAGACCUGAUGACUGAAUCCUCCUCAGAAGAUUUUUUUUUUUGUAGUGCUGGAGUGCCAAGGGCAGAUAGAAGAAGGAAUUUUGUGCUCUACAGGAC